UAUAUUUCUGCACUUUAGCGGUUGUUGGACUUGCAGGAAAUGACCUUUCUCAUUACACAGCUUCCGUUCUUCCUUUUCACUUUAGUCUGUUAACAUGGCUGUCGGUAAAAAUAAACGACUAACCAAAGGAGGGAAAAAGGGAACCAAGAAGAAGGUUGUUGAUCCCUUUUCCAAAAAAGAAUGGUAUGAUGUCAAGGCACCUUCAAUGUUUUCUGUGAGACAAAUAGGCAAAACAUUGGUCACACGUUCCCAAGGAACAAAGAUAGCAAGUGACAACUUGAAAGGCCGCGUUUUUGAAGUGAGCUUAGCUGAUCUUCAAAAUGAUGAAGUAACCUUUCGAAAAUUUAAACUCGUAGCAGAAGAAGUUCAGGGUCGCAAUGUUUUGACUAACUUCCAUGGAAUGUCAUUAACUAGAGACAAACUGUGUUCCAUGGUGAAAAAGUGGCAGACUCUGAUUGAAGCCAAUGUUGAUGUGAAAACUACUGAUGGCUACCUUCUGAGAGUGUUUGUUAUUGGAUUCACAAAGAAGAGGAACAAUCAAGUAAAGAAAACAUGUUAUGCUCAACAUGCACAGGUUAAAGCUAUCAGAAAGAAGAUGGUUGAAAUAGUCACUAGAGAAGUAUCAAUGAAUGAUAUGAAAGAAGUUGUUAACAAGUUGAUCCCAGACAGUAUUGGUAAGGAUAUCGAAAAAUGUUGUCAGGGCAUAUAUCCCCUUCAUGACGUUCUUAUUCAGAAAGUCAAAGUUCUCAAAAAGCCUAAAUUUGAUGUUGGCAGGUUGAUGGAACUUCAUGGUGAAGGGGGUACUACAACUACCACCACUAAGACAGCUGAAGGUGGUGAAAAAGUUGAUCGAGUUGAUGGCUAUGAACCACCAGUACUUGAAACUGUCUAAAUGGUUUUCUGGAGUUAAAAAAUAAAUUCCUAUUAUGAACUAUAA